AUGGCAAAAAUUGUGUAUCGAUGCAAAGGGGUAUUAAGAAGGAAAAGUAAUGCGUACGACCAGAUAGUUCUUCCCAGGAAGUACCACUCGUUGGUUCUGAAAGAACUUCACGACAAAAUGGGCCAUAUUGGAUCUGAUAGAGUCUUACAUCUCGCGAGAGACCGUUUCUACUGGCCUCGAAUGCAAAGAGAUAUAGAACACUACGUGAAGAACCAAUGUCGAUGUGUUAAACAGAAACCUCCCCGAUUAAAGAACAGAGCCCCGUUACAGCCGAUUAUAACCUCUUCACCAUUCGAGUUAAUAUCUAUUGACUUUGUCCACCUAGAGCAAUCAAGUGGAGGUUUCGAGUACAUCCUUGUAAUCGUCGACCAUUUUACGCGAUAUGCACAGGCAUACCCAACCCGGAACAAAGCGGGAAGGACAGUGGCUGAGAAACUGUUUAAUGAUUUUGUGUUACGUUUCGGGUUCCCUGCGAAAAUCCACCACGAUCAAGGCGGAGAGUUUGAAAACCAACUCCUCUCUCGGCUUGAACAACUUUCGGGUGUCAAACAUUCCCGCACUACACCGUACCAUCCACAGGGUAAUGGGCAAGUCGAACGUUUCAACAGGACACUGCUCGACAUGCUAAGAACACUCCCGGAAAACGAAAAAUCUCGUUGGAAAGAUCACGUAAACAAAGUAGUACACGCCUAUAAUUGUACUAGAAAUGAUUCAACUGGAUAUUCACCAUUCUUCCUUCUUUUCGGGCGUCAUCCACGUCUACCUUUCAGUCAGCGAAGGAUUUAG